ACCAAACCAGAUCAUAAACGGUUUGGUUCGGUAUUGAACCGACUUUCAUAUUUUAAUGCUAAAAAACCUUAACCACCUUAACCAAACCAUAUUUACCGGUCGGUUUCGACCGGUUUGGCCGGUUUGUACUGUGUUUUGCACACCUCUACACAAGGGUACACUCAAGUAGAGGGACUAGACUUUGACGAGACUUUUGCCCCCGUUGCAAGACUCGAAUCGGUGAGACUUCUUCUAGCUAUAGCCUGCCACCUACCUUUUAAGUUAUACCAAAUGGAUGUCAAAAGUGCCUUUCUUAAUGGUCUCCUACAAGAGGAAGUCUAUGUUGAACAGCCCCAGGGAUUCAAAGAUCCCAGCAAUCCUGAUCAUGUGUAUAGGCUUAAGAAAGCUUUGUAUGGGUUGAAGUAGGCUCCCAGAGCUUGGUAUGAGCGUUUAUCUACUUACUUGUUUGGUAAAGGGUACAUUAGGGGAGCUGUAGACAGAACCUUGUUUGUAAAAAGAGAUAAAAACCAUGUGAUGAUUACUCAAGUGUAUGUUGAUGACAUUGUUUUUGGAUCCACUUCUGAAACAUUUGUGAAGGAAUUCACUAGUCUGAUGGAAAGUGAGUUUGAAAUGAGCAUGUGUGGUGAACUAAAUUUCUUUCUUGGACUUCAAGUUUGGCAACUGAAAGAUGGUUUGUUUCUAUCCCAAACUAAAUAUGCUGAAAAUUUGAUUAAAAAAAAUUGGUUUGCAAUUUGCAAGUGUUGUGUCCAAUCCCAUGAGCACUAGUGCUAAGCUUAGUGAAGACCUUACUGGUAAGUCUGUGGAUCAAACUCUUUAUCGAAGUAUGAUUGGAAGUUUAUUGUACCUUACUACAAGCAGACCUGACAUUUCCUAUAGUGUAGGAGUUUGUGCACGUUUUCAGGCAAAUCCAAAAGAAUCUCAUCUAGAACCUGUCAAGAGGAUCAGAUAUGUGUCAGGUACUACUUCAUGUGGUAUAUACUAUACUUUUGAAACUAAUUUGGAAAUUGCAGGGUACUUUGAUUCUGAUUGGGGAGGAAACUUGAAAGAUAGGAAAAGCACAUCUGGAGGUUGUUUCUUCAUUGGAAACAAUAUGGUUGCUUGGCAUAGCAAGAAGCAAAACUGCAUCUCCCUUUCUACUGCCGAGGCUGAGUAUGUAGCUGCGGGUAGCUGUUGUACUCAGAUGAUCUGGAUGAAGCAAAUGCUUCGAGAUUAUGGAAUUCCUCAAGGUUGCAGGGCACUAUAUGUUCUUCUUUCUACCUCAAGUUUUAGUCAAAGAUUAUGGCUGGUUCCCUCUCGCACACUUUGCUAUAUUCACUUGCACACUUAAGUCUUUUGUGGGGGUAACAUCUUGUUCUAAGAUAUCUAGGAUUAGUCCUUCACUAACGGUGCACUUUUUGUUGUUAGUAUUUCUAUGCUUCUUUAAUAAAAUAAAAUAUAAAAAAAUAAUACUCAUUGCAAUAUGGAGCUUGGCCAGGCUAUUUCUAAAGUAAACAGGCAUCAGUAGUGACAAACGAUAUGAGGAUUGGGCAGAAACAGGAAUGGCUUGGUCUCCCGGUGGUUUAUCUUGUUGCUUUUAAAUGACUCGAGUUGAUGUGUCCUUUGGAGUGUCCUUGUUACACUUUGUGCCCUAAAACCAACACUGGUUUGGUAGCCACUGACAUAAAGCUCGCUAUAUGAGUCGCAGCACCCAAAAAAAAAAAAUGUGUCUCUGAAUAAUGUAUGGAAGGCUUCAAAAGAAAAUAUAUGUACCCACACGGUGAUAUAAGGAGGACUUGAGGCAAAGUAGUGUUUGCUGUUGAACCCUAAUUUUGCUUGAUCCUAGUUUAAGUUGAAGCCCCAUAUUGACUUCUGUUCACUUUACCACAAAGUUAAGAGAUGCUUUGGCCCAAGUCUGUGUCUAAAUACUUGUUGUUCAAGAUUACUGUGUAGUGUUACUUAUACUUGGCUCAUUGUUGUCUUUGAGAAGUCAUCGAAUCACUUUCUCUAAAUGCUUUGCCUUUUCUUUUCCUCUCACUUCUGCGACUAAUCUCACCUCAUUGUGUGUUAUCAUGAUCAUAAUCACUUUUUUUAUUCAUUCUGUCCAGAUGAAUCGAUUAAGGGGGAGUAUGAGUACUACUUGUUAAUUUCACGUUUCUGGGUGAUUCAAAAUGAGUGUUGGAUGAAUGUUGAUUGCAUCUAACCACCAUGUUACUAUAUGAACUCCACCAUAUGGUUAAUAGCUCAGAGUUUACUAUAUGAACUCCACCAUGUUUUUUUUUACCAUCCAUUGUUCAUAGUCUUUCGUUGCAUGAGGUUAUGGUAAUUCAAUCCUGUUGGUGCCCUUUGUCAUUCCUAGACAAAAAUGGGGAGAAGUUGGGAUAAUUCUAUAUGUUACAUGCUUUUCACUUGUUUGUUUGUUAAAAGUGUUUCAUGAAGGAUAUCAUGCUUAUUGAAUAAGCAAGGAUAUAUCAUGCUUAUGGAAUAAGGAAGGAUAUCAUGCUUAUGGAAUAUUAUGCUUAUGGAAUAGGAUAUCAUGCUUAUAGAAUAUCAUGCCUUUGGAAUUUGCUGUAACGAUUGAGGGGGAGUAUGAUUCGUAUAGGGUUGUUUUGUAUACGAAUGCCAAAGGGGGAGAUUGUUAGUAUAGGUUUGAUGUAUGUUGGCAUUCCUAAUACAAAAGCUAGAAUCAUAGGUCUACUAGAGUUAUCAAGUGUAAUCUACAAGAGAUAUACGGUCAUACAAUGCUCCAGCUGACUCUUUGAAGCACUCCAGGUAAGAGCAUAUGCAUUUGCAUGUCAUAAAGGUCAACCUACAUGCAUACUGGGAUUGCAAUUUUUUCUGCAAUCCCUGUCAGGUCAAGUCAUGGGAUAUUGUUUCUUCUUUUUCACGUUUUGUACGCAUUCAUUAGUUGCGUCUUAAAAGGAUAGUUCUCUACAUAAUUUAUUUUGUUAAGUCGUAUCGUCUUCAUUAAGGAUAGAAUCGUGUUUACGUGUUGAAUAUCUUUUUAUGAUUUGUUUCUUCCUUAUUAGGAGUCAAUUAGGUUUUGGAGUCUUUAUUAUCCAAAGUUUUAGGGGGAGUCUGAAAUAUUUAUACAACGUGUAUAUCCAUUUAUUUGUGACUUUGAGCCGAAUAAGAAUUUGUGCAUCUAUUGAGUCAAAGUUUUUCAUUAGUGAGAAACUGUGUGCUUCAGAUUCGAGUCUAUGAACUACUUGUUCCAUGUUUAAGUAGAUCAUUGAGUCAAACACAUUCAUCAUUCAUUACAUUCUUCACAUCAAUUGCUCUCAAGGUCAGUUGGAGUCAUUGAUGUGCAUACAAGGUUGAAGGUUGAGGUCAGCACCUAUCAACAAGUGAAGAUAGUUCAAAGGUGGUGAAGAUCUACAAGGACAUGAUCAGACAAUCUACUAGUGUGUCUACUUAGUAAGCUGAGGUCAGAGUUUUGGGUUGUUUGUAAAGAACUUGUAAUCUUUCAUCUAGUGAUUUGUUUUCAUUAGGGUCUUUAACCUUAAAGGCCCCGCAUUUGUUUUCCUCAUUUUUGAGGUUUUUACUGGGCAAACAAUUCUGGUCUCUUGGUUGCUGUGUGUUUGUGAUUA